AUGGAUGAGGAGCAGCGACCCCUAGACCGAUCGCCAUACUAUGUGAAGCAUUCUGAGCAUCUUGACCGUGUACUCAGCAGACCUCAGCUUGCAGCUGUUAGCUAUGUCUUUGCCGGUGGUAUCGUUGCUUGUGUUAUGUAUACCAUUACUGAGAUGGUAGCAUGUCGACCCUUGACGGGAGCUCUGAUUGACCUGCCCCACACCUUUCUGGAUCCUGCGUGUGGGUUUGCCAUUGCAGCCAUGUAUGGACUGGGCAAGAUCUGCGCAAUGGCUAGUCUUACUGCGAAUGCGGCAGAGCUCACUACCUAUCUGAAGAAAGAUCAGAAGCCGCAUAGCACUGGUACGGAGGCAGCUAUCAACAUCGCUUUCAUCGCUUUGACGACAUUUUCCCACUGCCUCGGUGUCAAGCUAUACGGGAAGAUUGAGAGAGCAGUCAUGUGGUUCAAGAUUAUCUUGCUGCUAUUUGUUUGCAUUAUGAUGGUCAUACUCAACUUCGGAGGCGGGGGUCGCAAAAUACAGGGAAACUAUUCCGACAACUACACUAAGAAUGCAUUCACGCCUGGCUUUAAACCUAAUGGAUAUGAUAGCCUUGGCUCUAUUCCACUCAGACUUAGGGGCGUCUCCGAAGAUUCUUUUGGUAUCUCUGGGCCUGGAGGCACUGUGUUCGCCUUCAUCACGUCAAUUACACUAGCCAUGUUCUCCUGUCUCGGAACAGAUCUUGUCGCCAUGACUGCGGGAGAGGCAAAGCACCCAUGGAAGGAUAUUCCAAUCACCAUGUCCUUUGUCUACCUCGUCCCACUAACCAUGUACCCUUUUGCCAUGUUCGCUGCUGGAGCGAACGUCAACUACGCCAAUCCCAAUCUUUCCAAGAUGUGGGCAAAAAGCAACAUAUCCACCAGGUCGCCAUUUAUUGUUGCUGCGGAAGAGUCUUCACUCACGGCAUUACCAAAAGUGCUCAAUGCAUUCUUCAUAGUGUCGGCGUAUACUACCGCAAACAACGAUCUAUAUGGCGCCUCGCGAAGCGUCUUCAUGCUAUCACAGCAGUACCUUCCGAGAAGAAUAGCUAACAUCUUCGGCCGAACCAACAACGGUCAUACACCUCUAGCGGCAAUUCUCUUGUGUUCAGCACUUGGGUUCUUGUCACUGAUCGGUUUGGCGGAUAAGUCGGGUUCACAACCGAGCAUUACGCUUUCCGAGCUUUACACCGGUACUGCAACUUGCAUCAACCUAUUUCUCUGCAUCACAUUCUUGCGCUUCAAAGCUGGACUUGACCGCUUGGCGAAACGAAGGAUCUUCUCGCGAGAACAUCCACUUUACAGGUCGCGCCUAUUUAAGUCUCGGUGGCAGCCACUUCCCGCGUAUAUCGGUAUCAUAGGCAGUGCAUUUGUGAUUAUAUGGUCGGGCAUACCACCACUGGCGAUCCUUGUGACCAAGGGCAGCAUAAACCGCAGUUCAACCUCAGGGACCCAACUCAAGUCAACAAUCAGUCUUCUCUUUGACGUCAUCGGAGCUUAUAUUGGACCUUUGUUCUUCGCAUCACUCUACCUAUCCUACAAGUACAUCUUCCCGCGCACAUCCCGCGUCGACAUUCGCAACCUCACAGUCGAAGACUACGUGCUGGAAGACUUAUCCAGCAUCGAGCUCGAGGGCCCGACAUCAACACCCCCAGUACCGCGACACCGCUUUGGGUCGCACGAAAUGGAUGCGCAGAAUGACAAUCUCGUGAGCCUCACGGGUAUGUUCCAGGAUCCGUUCAAAGAAGAGCAGAUGCAUCUCAGUGUCAGCAUGGAUCCCGACAUGCAAGAGGAGAUUGAGACGGAGGCUGCGAGGAACAAUGAAAGAGCGCGCAUUAGGCAGAUUUUGGAAAGAAGGCCAGAACGAAUGCGGCGGGGAAUUUGUAGAGAGAUUUGGAGUUUUGUCAUGACCGAUAAAGACUAG